AUGUCAGAUAUGGGUAACUCCUCCACAGCGAGGUCGUCGUUCGAUGAACAAUCCAUUCACGGCGAUGUACUGGAGGCAAUCCUCUCCCAAGUCCCACUAGUACACUUACUUCCGGCGUCUGGUGUGUCAAAGUCGUGGAGCGCCGCCGUAUCAUCGGCCCUUCGCACAUCCACCAACACCAAACCAUGGCUAAUCAUCCACACACAGAGCUCUAGGCACCCGUUCUCCACAACCAGUCACGCCUACGAUCCGGAGUCAAACAUGUGGAUCGAGAUCCGACAACCGGCGAUCGGUUAUGUAUCUACACUUCGAUCAUCUCACUCGAAUCUUCUCUACAUGUUGUCGCCGUCGAAGCUCUCGUUGUCUUUUGAUCCGCUUCACCUGACUUGGCACCACGCGGUGGCGCCGAAAGUCUCGCGGAUAGAUCCUGUUGUAGCCGUUGUAGGCAGCCACGUUGUGAUUGCAGGCGGUGCCUACGAUUUUGAGGACGAUCCUCUCGCCGUUGAGGUUUAUGAUCUCGAGUCACAGCAAUGGACUAAAUCGGAUCCAAUGCCCGAGUUUUUCAACGGAUCCGCCGCUUCAUUGUGGCUCUCGGUUGCUUCCGUUGACCCUCAUCUCUUCGUCAUGGAGAAAACUUCCGGUGUAACGUACUCGUUCAAUCCCAAUAACAAUACGUGGUCUGGACCGUAUGAUUUACGUCCCGAUCACCGCAUUUUUUACUCGGUUAUCGGAUUCUCCAACGACCGAUUGAUUGUCAUCGGGAUGUUGGGUGAUGCUGAGGAUGUUGACGGGCUGAAGUUCUGGGAAGUGAACUGCGAGUCAUUCGAAAUCAAUGAAAUUGGGGAGAUGCCGGCGAAUCUCCUCGAGAAUUUGAAGAGCCACGAUUCGCAAAUUUCCUCCAUCGACGUCUCUAUGGUGGGAAACGCGGCGUAUGUAUACAUCUCCUCGCGAGCUGAAGAGGUAUUCAUGUGUGAGUUCAUCGACGGCGGGGGAUGUAGCUGGCGUAGCGUGGCGAAUACGUCUGCGAAUGGCCGGAGUAUAAUGGAUAAAUUAGUUUUUACGUGCUCGAAGAUAGGGAUUGAGGAGCUGCAACGAGCAACGAGGUCAGGGAAUCGGAAGUUCGUCGUGAAACGAAGAACUCUUAUAAACCUACCAAUCAUGAACACAUCCGCACCUCCGGUCAAAAAAUAUUGAGAUAAUAACCAGGAAAAUUUCAUUGGAACGGUUUCUAGUGUUAUCUAAUAAUCUAUAUUCCUCUAUGGUUUUCAAACGUUUGACCCGACAACUGCUAAAACGAAGAUUUCGGUUCCGAUUCUUUGAAGCAUUGUGAUGCCAGAGGGUUUUCUAGUGUUGGAUCUGGCAAUAGGGACUAAGAUACGAUCUUAGAUUGGGAUAAAGAUGACGUCGGUGAUGUUGAUGAAGAUUUCGGUGGUGAUGGUUGUGCAGUGGGGAGGAUUUAAAGUCGUCGUUGCUUGGGGAAUUGUUGGAGGUCGAACAGAGGUUUAAGGAAUAGGCAUUGUUUGAUGGUGAAGAACUGAUGAAUACGGAUGAGAAUUUUGCUAAUGGUAGUGUUUUACUACAACCACAACCAUUGUCCUCUGAUGUUGAUGAAGGGUUGACCUCUGUUUGUUCUCUUUGUCGGUUUCAGUUUCUCUCGCCAGAAUCUGUAGCGACGUUGCUAGAUUAGUGAAAAGUCAGAUGCCAUUUUCAUCCCCAAUGUAUGUAUUUAGGACGCCAUUGUAGCAUAUGAAUCAAUCAAUAAAAUGAUUGAUUGCUAAUUAGAGCUCCUUCACUAUCACAGAUAAGUAGCCAUUUCUAAGAAAUAGGAAUUUUCUAUAAACAUAACAUACCUAAUUUGUUGAAUUUGGUUAUGGUGAUGAAAUCAUGUGUUUCAUGGGUUUUAAUUCUGAUUAAC